CAUUCAAAAAAACAAAAAAAUUCUAAAUAGGUGGCUUUACUUUUCAAUUCUCAUUUUCUUUAUUUAAGUCGCCGCCUUCUUCUUCAAGCCUAAAGGUCUUCUUCUCUUUUCACCGGUUUUCUCCACUCUUUGAUUUUUCAUCUGCAAAUCCAUUCAAAAGGAUGAGUGACCAACCAGCAAAAAACGGUGUUAUUUCUCCACCCAUUUCAGAUAGCAAGGCUGCUGCCGCUGCAGAGACAAAGCCAAAGAAGAAGAUAUGUUGUGCUUGCCCUGACACUAAGAAGCUGAGAGAUGAGUGCAUCGUCGAGCAUGGUGAGUCGGCUUGCGCUAAAUGGAUCGAAGCUCAUAAGAUGUGUCUCCGUGCUGAAGGUUUCAACGUCUGAAAAAGUCUUCGUUUUUUUUCUUAGAAUACAUAAUUUGAUGGGUCAAAAUUAAUGAGAGCAGUUCUUUGCCCUCAAAAACAAGAUAUUGAUCCGAAGUCGGAGGAUUUGUAUUUGGAUACAUAGUCCCCAUUUUGUUGUUAUUGAAAAUAAAAGUCGAAAGAAUAAACAAGCA